GUUGACUUGUGAGAUAUAUAGAUUCAAUGAAUCUUUGAGGAAACUUCAUAAAAAUACUAAAUUUGCAUACCAUUUGAUAGUAAAUUUUAUUGAGGUUAAAAUCUAAUUGCUACAGUUCGACCAGUAGUGGUAGAAACCAUUGAAGAAGACAUUGCAAUAUAUCGGAUCUGAAAUUCAAAUUCAACGUCAUUAUGGAUACAAAUCAGAUAAAUUAUAUUAUUUGGAGGUAUUUACAAGAGUCAGGUAAAGUACUUUAAUUAUAUACAUGAAUUAUGAUUUGACUGAAAAACUAUUCACUAACACCUCAGGUUAUUCACAUACGCAGUUUGCAUUCGAACGUGAAACCAAUGUUCAAAAUUCAGACAAGGACUGGAAUUUGACCUGUCCUCUUGGAAGGCUCGUUGAAGUCUUGCAAAAAGGUUUACAAUAUAUGGAAAUAGAGCAGCAUUGGAUCGACAAUCCACCUCCAGGAGUGAAAGAAGGCCCAUUAACUCAAGAAGACAUGCAGAACAGUGAACAUCCUUGCAAAAAUGACUUUUUAUUAACUGUUCCUCAUUUCUGUUACGGACCCAAUGUGAACAGUAAUGAACUGGCAGACCCAAUUGGACAAGGACAUAAGCAUUCUGAAUUAGUAAACUCUUCCAAGACGGAAGAAAUACAUGAAAACAAACAGGAUAUUCAAAUGGAUGACCAUUUAACCGAAAUUCCCUCAAACGAACCUUCGCUUUAUACAGAGGAGAAGUCAGCUGUGAUACCCGAUACUGUCAACCAAGAAAGUACUCAAUGGGAAGGGCCGUCUGUGGAAGGAUCGUCAUUGAUUACAGAUACUAUCUCAAUGAGACAUGCUGUAACUUGUGCUGACUGGCAGCCUACUAAUCCUGAGAAGUUCGUUGUAGGAAUGAUGAACGCCGAUUUGAGUAUUUGCAAAUUUGGAGACGAUCCUAAAACCUUUUACGGAUCCAACGUUGAAAGUCAGGAUGUUACUUGUAUUGCGUGGAGUCAUUCUGGAGCAUACUUUGCAUGUUCUUUUUUUAAUGGAUCUAUAGAAUUAUUUAAUGAUUAUGGAUCUCAACAGGUCAUCUUUCAAGAAACUGAAAGCCCUGUGCUGACACUAAAAUGGAGUGCGACCGACACAUACAUAGCGGCAGGUUCCGCUGAUGGUGGGGUUGUAUUGUAUGAUUGUUUAAAACGCUCACUUGUAUACUUUUUAGAUACAUGUUCUUCUGUAUUGGAUAUAGAAUGGAUUUCUACAGAUGCUUUCGUCAUUGCUGAUGCAGACGGAAAUUUAAAAAUUUUUAACAUUGGAAACAAGAACCCAAUUUUUAGUAUCGUAAAGGCUCAUGAAGAAUCCAUUUUAUCUUUGCGUUAUCAUCCGCACUUUUUGCUGUUAAUAUCUUCUUCUAGCGAUGCUACCGUAAAGUUAUGGUCCCAGUCAAAUUGCGAGUCAUUGCAGUGUAUGCACACCUUUCCUUUCAAUUCUCCAAUUGAAUGUAUUGGCUGGAACGAGGGAAGUGGAUCUCCUAUUUUUGGAAUUGCUUCCAACAGCAUUAUCAGUCUAUAUAAUGCUAUAUCCUUACAACAGCUGUCCGUGUGUAUGAGACAUGCUUCCCCGAUAACUUCGAUUUCUUUCAGUAACAAUGGACGAUUACUAGCAACUGGUGAUUCCAUUGGAAGCCUUUGCAUAUGGGACUGUAAAUUAAGUAGCUUAAUUCAAGAGCUGGUUCCAAAAAACUCGUCAAUUGCUACCUUUGCAAAUAAUGAAUCUGAGGAACAAAUUAAUUGUUUAAAGUGGAGUCCCGAUGAUAAGCAUCUAAUAGUUGGAAAGCAAACGCAGGAGCUUGUGAUUUGUACAGUUAGCGACAAGAAAUUUGAGAUGGAUUAAUGAUUUUAUUGUUAUUUAUAACUACUAAAGUUUUACCGCGUAAAAUAUACGUGAUGCAUACCUUCAUUAUAAUUCCAAUAAAUUACUAAUAAAUAUAAGCGCCUCUCGCGAAAUCAUUAAAUAUCAUAAGUAUGCACAAAAGAAUACUUUAAAGAGGAGCUGCAUUGACCGGCGUAAUUUGAGAAAAAAUUGUUGGCUUGUUCGAGGAGUAUUGUUGCAUGUUGGAGUUUUCUUGUCUAACAAUUUCAACCAUUUUUCGUAUCGUUCCCCGAUCAAGAUCAGUUCUAUUGGUGAGAAUGACCUCUACCAAGGACAACGGGGCAUCCCAAUAAGAUUCUUUAAGAAGACGAAAGUAUUCUGCAACACUUCCCAAUUCUGCAUCGAGCAUGCCGAGGAGUAAUUUUUCUAUGGGUUCAAAGGUAGCCUUCAAAUGCUCCGCAGCCAUAUAUUCACCAAAUGCUCGGAUGGCGAGGGCUAUAUCGGACCGUAUUUGCUGAAUAGCACUAGGACCUUCGAAAGUUACUCCUUUGUUGUAUAUUCCACGAAGAUAGUUAAUUGUGAGGGCAUUAGAAGAUUCAAGCAAGAAAACAUCAAAUAAACCAGGUACCAUAUGUUCUAUGCAAUCUACAAUGUAAUCUCUAAACGUAUCAACAAUUAACUUCAUGUUACUCGAUUGAUACCAUCCAGGAUGGAAUAAAGUAGCAAGAGCGGGCUUCACAUCGUUGCUAAUGAUUUCAACAAUUUCAUUUACACCGAUGUCGCUGAGCAAAAUGAAACCAUCUACUGUUUUGCCAAAGGAUUCACGAAGAUCUUCUUCGCGACUAUCCGUUGCCAACUCAAAUGUACGCAAAAGCGUGUUGUCCAUAAAACCUGCGCAUUUAAGAUUGUCAUUGGCAAGAGCCAAUAGAUAUUCCAUUAAUCCUGGAGGAGUAUUUGAAGUAGAUAAAUGUUUUUGUAGUUCUGUCUUCAUCACGGUCUUCCAGUGUUCUUGCAUCGCCUGCAUUACAUACAUAAUAGAUCGUAAAACAGUACUAACAACCUCGGGAUUAUUCGUUUGCGAUAUAAUAUUAACUUGUUGAGUAAUCAUCUGGAAGAAAAUAAUGGUUCCUUGAAUACCAUAAUUUCCAUCGCUGUCCAGUUCAGGCUCGCUCUCACGUUUAAUGAAAGCCUCAACACUACUUUGGAAUAAUUUAUCAGACCACUCCUGGAUUUUCUGAGUAAAAAGUCUGGUAUAUUCUUUUACCAAUACCCCAUUGCUUCCAUCUUCUAAUGAAGGUUGAAUCUCAUCGGCGGAAAAUGGAGCAUGUUCUUGAUAAAAGGCUCGAUAUUCUUUGUGAAAGUUGAUAAGAUACAGAAAAAUUGCGGCGGGGGUGUCCGAAGAAAUGGAAUCCUUUACAAGAUUUACGAGACAUUGUUGAUAUAUUAUAGCAAAUACUCUGGCAAGAUCGAAGGAUGGAGAAGCCAGUUCUGGAAGAACCUUAAAUGCGUAUUGCAAAUCGUCAAACAUCCAUUCUAAUUCGAGAUCGGCUUUUUGGGUAAUAAAAUUCGACCAGGCUUGAUGAAAUCGUUCUGCAACUGAUGCUUGGAAAAUCUCUUUUGCCUCUGACCAAAAGUUCCGAAGCUGACGAGAGCUUCCUUGAAGGUUCAUGAAUGGAGCUUCAUUUGCAUCAGUGAGGUUAGACUGGGCAUUUCUGAUGCUCUUGAGCAUUUCAUCUGAAGCUUCUUCGGCUUCGAUAAUUUUGAAUACUCGAACGAUCGUUUUUGUGUUUCCAACUUUUAAAAGCUCAAACAAGUUACUGCAGUAGUUAAAGAUUAAUCGAUCAAACUUUUCGGAAAGAGCAUUUAGAUUUGAAAAAGACGACUGUAGGGUG